AAACAGACUAUUUAGGUAGUUUAGCUUUUAAUCUAGGAAUAAUGAUGAAACAAGUAAGAUAAACAUACAAAAAACAAUUGGGAAACAAAUUAUAAUAAGAACACAAGAAAAGAAAGAAAAUGGUAGCUCGCACGUUCCUGGUUCGCCACGACGACUCGACGUUUACCGUCGAUUACGACACCGACGACGGUUUUGAAGUAUUUCAAUUUCAGCUCUUCUCUCUCACUUCAAUUCCUCCCGAUGAACAAAAGAUCGUCGGGGAAGAUAAUGACCGAAUCGUAUCAGAUGAUUCCGAUCUGGCCGCCGUUUCGGAGAAGCUUCAAUUGGUAUCGAUCACCUCUGAGGAGGCGAGAAAACCGGAGAAACAAGAAGAAACGACGAGUAGCACUACUGGCGCCGGGAACUUUGAUGCUGGGACCAGCGUUAUGUCCGAUGAGGAAUUAGCGCGAAUGUUGCAGGCAGAGGAAGAAGCACUUUUGCUUCAACAAUAUGUAGCAGGUGACAAUCGUGCGCAUUUUGAAGAAAAAGUUCGGCCCUAUAUUAGCAAAGUUCUCUUGUAUGAGGAUCCUGUGCGCCAGGAAGCAGCUCGGAAGACAGUUCCUUUAGAUAAUCUUGAGGAGAAAGCAUUGGUUUCUUUGGCCAAGGAGGGGAACUUUAAACCAUCAAAAGUUGAAGAAGAUCAUGCUUUCCUGCUCCAGCUGCUUUUUUGGUUCAAAAGAUCUUUCAGCUGGGUUAAUGCACCUCCUUGUGAUGGAUGUGGCAAUGAAACCACGGCUCAAGGGAGGGGCGAUGCACUCCCUUCAGAAAUUCAAUAUGGGGCAACUAUAGUUGAACUUUAUCGUUGCAAUUCUUGUUCAAGAGUUACUCGGUUCCCACGCUACAAUGAUCCACUGAAGCUUGUAGAAACAAGGACGGGGCGUUGUGGAGAGUGGGCUAAUUGCUUCACAUUGUACUGUCGUGCUUUCGGUUAUGAAUCUCGUCUGGUCCUGGAUUUUACAGACCAUGUUUGGACAGAGUGCUAUUCAGAAGCUCUAGGAAGGUGGAUGCAUCUUGAUCCUGGUGAAGCAAUAUAUGACAGACCACUAUUAUAUGAAAAAGGGUGGGGAAAGAAAUUAAAUUAUGUAAUUGCUAUUGCAAAAGAUGGAGUUUAUGAUGUCACUAAACGUUAUACACGGAAGUGGAAUGAGGUUUUGUCCCGGCGAGCCAUUACCACAGAGUCCUCUGUGGUGUCUGUUCUCACUUCAAUUACCAAAGAAUGCAGAAGGAACUGUACAUCUCAAGUUCUUUCGAUACUUGAAGAGCGUGACAACAUUGAAAGGGAAGCUCUAGAGAGAGAUUUACGUUCUACUGAUGAUGCUCCAAUCUCCUUACCUGGGAGGCAAAGUGGGGAUAAACAAUGGCGCAUUGCAAGAUCAGAAUUUGGGACUGACUCUCUGAGUUCAUCUUCUUGUACAGUUCGCAUAUGCAGUGAUGAGCAUGUUACGAAAAUAUACAAUGCAUUUUCUUCUAUCCUUCAUAAGUUUGUUGAGGAUUCCUUAACUGCAUCAAAAGGUGUUGAAGUUCUCAAGAUUCUUAGAGCAACUGUUGUAGAUCUCAAGAAAUUACCGUAUAAAAAAAGGAGAGCUUCUUUAAAGCCUAACUCUGUUGUUGGAACAUCUUUGGUGCAUCAGUUGCUGCCCUCUUUUAAAGAGUUGCUUAAUGCUCUUUCACUGAAGAGUGAACGGGAUAGCAAUGGCAUUCUCAGUGUAUGCUUAGCUGGUGAUCCUGUUCAAACUGCCUUAGCGUUGCCUGUUGCCUUGCAUGCUCUGGAUGAACUGAUCAGUGAUCUUAGCAAAUGUGACAACUUUAGUAAAGGCUCACUAUCCUUUCCUCUUCUAAGAUUGAAUAGAAUAUGUUCUGGAGCAGUCCUUGCGAGUGGUGAGGAGCUUCCUUUUGGGAUUGCCACAGCAGCAUUUGAUGGAACUCGCAUGUCUAAAUGGGAGGAACCUAAUGGUGCUAAAGGUUGUUGGAUUAUGUACAAACUAUCAGCGAAUAUGCAGGAACUUGUUGCAUAUGAGUUAAUGUCUGCCAAUGAUGCUCCUGAACGAGACCCAAUGGAUUGGGUGGUUGAGGGAAGUAAUGAUGGAGGAUUGAGCUGGCAUGUUUUGGAUGAACGAAGGUCCGAGAUGUUUGACAAACGUUUUCGACGCAAAACUUAUAAUGUCAAAUCCACAGGUUUCUUAUCAAAUAUGUUCAGAUUUCGGUUCUUGGCGGUAAGAGAUGUUAAAUCAACGUCACGGCUGCAAGUAGGUAGUAUUGACCUCUAUGCUAAGCAAAAUUGACAGUUUUCAUUAAUUAAUUGAAGACAAACAGUUCCAACUUGUAUUCGUGGCUUUCCUGCCUCCAAGCCGCAUUGUGUUGGUUAAGAAUCUGGCUUGAGUGGAGUAUUUAUUGAUGUGCUAAAUAUUUUCCCCAAA